UCGCAGGCACUCCAUGGACGCCGCGUCCAGGCUCUCCCUUUGUCCUUGGGCUCCCUGCGGAACGCCAGUUCCUUUAAGUCUAAUUUAAUUGUGUCGAGUUGCUGAGUCGGCCUCCACUGACUUUUUAGCUUUUAAAAAAAAAAAUCCUGCUCUGUCAAUAACGCCGAUUUAACGAAAGAAAUAAAAAAUCAAUCCCCGCUGUCGUCGCCUGCUCUGCUCUCGUCCCCGCUGCGUCUCUCCCUUUGUCCCCGCCUCGCUUGCCCGUCCUCCGGCCCCCAGGCGUCGGAUCUGGUCGUCGAGCGCAACGCGGCGGGCAAGCCCAAGCCCGACCCCUCCACCCUGGUGUUCGGCAAGCACUUCUCCGACCACAUGCUGACCAUCAACUGGUCGGCGAAGGCCGGCUGGGAGGCGCCUCGGAUCAAACCGUUCCAGAACCUGUCGCUGCACCCGGCCACCUCCGCCCUGCACUACUCCAUCGAGCUGUUCGAAGGCAUGAAGGCGUUCCGAGGAGAGGACAACCACAUCCGGCUGUUCCGCCCCAUGCUGAACAUGGCGAGGAUGCAUCGGAGCGCCGAGAGGAGCAGCCUCCCCCUCUUUGAGAAGGAGGAGCUGCUCAAGUGCAUCAGCAAGCUGGUGGAGGUGGACCAGGACUGGGUCCCCUUCUCUCAGGACGCCAGCCUCUACAUCCGACCCACCUUCAUCGGCACCGACCCGUCGCUCGGCGUGUCCCACCCCAGCGAAGCCAUGAUCUUCGUCAUCGUGGGCCCGGUGGGGCCUUACUUCGCCACCGGCUCCUUCAGCCCCGUGUCCCUGCUGGCCGACCCCUCCUUCGUCCGGGCGUGGAAAGGAGGCGUCGGGGCCUACAAGAUGGGAGGUAACUACGGGCCGACGAUAGCGGUGCAGAAGGAGGCGGUGAAGCGCGGCUGCCAGCAGGUCCUCUGGCUGUACGGAGAGCAGGAGGAGAUCACCGAGGUCGGCACCAUGAACCUCUUCAUCUACUGGACCAAUGAGAAAGGAGAGAAGGAGUUGUUCACCCCCCCCCUGGACGGCAUCAUUCUCCCAGGAGUCACCAGGCAGUCUCUGCUGGACUUGGCCAGGAACUGGGGUGAGUUCAAGGUCACAGAGCGGACGAUGGGCAUGAAGGAGCUUCUGGGGGCUCUGGACUCCGGGAAGAUCCUGGAGGUGUUCGGGGCCGGGACGGCCUGCGUCGUGUCUCCAGUCGGCAGCCUCCUCUACGGGGAAAAGACAUACGAGAUCCCGACCAUGCGGAACGGGCCCGACCUGGCCAAGAGGUUCCACAAAGAGCUUACUGACAUUCAGUACGGACGCACGGCGAGCGAAUGGGCCCCGCUGGUCAUUUAACCACCGCUGCACAUGCCAGUUGUAUCAACAGUUCAAUUUAGACGACCAGCAGAGCCCCGCCCCCCCCCCUUACCACUCCCCCACCCCCCCCCAAACAAACAAACACACACACACUCAAGAGGACGAGGACGCUUCUCUGUCUCUUUUCCUCGUCUCUGUUCCGUUGGGCUGCGCUCGGGGGGCUUGAAUGUAACCGCUUGCUUUGGGAAGCAGAAAUGGCGACGACGUGCAAUGUGUUGACCCAACGCGCCCCCCCCCCCCCCCCACACACACACACAACAAAAAAAACAGCUGGGGAGGGGAAAAACGAGCAAACGCAGCCAAAUGAUUAAAAGGUAAAACAACGAUGUGAUGUGGUGAAAUGUUCAAAUCUUGCAGCUGAUUGGUCAACUCAAAAAAAAAAAAGAUUCCACUGCUU